CAAAAAGAAAAAACAUAGCAAGGAACUUCGAAAUGAGCAAAAGCUAACUGUGACUGACAGAUAGACACCAUUAACGUCCUAUCUUUUAUAUUCGUUAUCCUUCACCAGUCUUGAUUCUUCCUUUCUCCCCCUUCUCUUUAUUUAAUUUUCCUUUUGGUUUCAAAAUUCAGUCAACGGAGGAGGUUUGAGAAUGGCGACUCAAUCAUCGGAACCUUCUCCUGCAAAUCCUGCCCAUGAAAACCCAGAGAAUGUACAGCCAUCAACUGGGGUUCAGCAGGGUGCUGGGGCUGAGGCUAUCAAGCAAAGUCCUCCAUCUGUCUUUGUGAACUCAGAACCUAUGCGAGAGGAACAAGUGCAGAAUGCUGUGAAGUUUCUUUCGCAUCCAAAAGUUAGGGGCUCUCCUGUUAUGUAUAGAAGAUCGUUUCUUGAGAAGAAGGGCCUCACUAAGGAAGAGAUAGAUGAAGCUUUUCGGCGUGUGCCGGACCCAACCCCAAGCACACAGGCAGCCAGUUCUAGUCAAGCAGAGGGUCAGGUGAAAUCAACACCAAAUGUUCAGCCACCAGCCCCAGCACAAACCCUGCAACCUGUAGCAGCUGCUCCUACUGGUGUCAUUUCUACAAUGACUUUGACUCAACAUCAAUUUAACUGGCAUCAUGCUGUUGUUGCUGUAGGACUGCUGGCAGUUUCAGGUGCUGGAACAGCUGUGUUAGUUAAGAAAACUAUUAUUCCCAGGCUGAAGUCUUGGAUACGCAAGGUUGUGUUGGAAGAAGAAGAUGACAGCGUGAUGAAAACUAAUACAAAGCUAAGUGUGGCAGAAGAAGCAGCGGCAGCUGCCAAAGCAGCAGCAGCUGCAGCGGCUGAUGUUGCACGAGCGAGCCAGGAAAUGUUGAAUUCGAAAAAUGAAGAGAAGAUAUGCUUCAAGGAAUUUAUGAAUAUGUUAGAUGUGCAAGUACAGGAAAUGAAGUCAAUGAGUACUGCUAUACAUAGAUUGGAAGGACAAACAGAUUACCGCGUGAGAAACUCUCUUGCUGAUCAAGAAGAUUAUAGAGCCUCAGUGGCAAAUCCAAAGCAAACAUUUACCAAUGGCAAGGCAGAGUUUGAUUUGCGUUCAGGGAGAUCUUCAUCACAGCCCAUGUCUGCUCAAGCCUCUGUUGCAGCACACCCAAAGUCAUAUAUGGAGAUCAUAGACCAGAGAGGGGAGAAACCUGCCAAUAUCAGAGAUAUCAAUGAUCAACCACCCAACCCCUAUCAGCAAAUUUCAAAUCCUCGCAUAGCAUCUAGAACGAAGCCCUGGGAGGUUGGUCGAGCUCAAAACAACUCAAGCCAAGUGCUUGAGUCUCAAGUGGGCAGAGAAGGUUUGAAUUCCAAUGUACAAGACAGUGGUGUCGAUCAGUUGGAUGGCGAGAGCACUGAACCCUGGUGGCAGCAGAAAAAUGCUAGAAUCACAGAGAUAGAAAAUGGAGAUGAAAUAAAAGCUGGACCUUUUGGUGCACAAACCAGCGAGCAACCAGUUAGGCGUGCAUGGGUCCCUCCACAGCCACCCCCUGUCGUGAUGCCUGAAGCAGCUGAAGCCAUCAGACGACCAAAACAAUCAAUUCAGAAAGAACAGUCAGAAGAUGAUCAAUCUGUGUCUCAUCCAAUAGACACAGCUGAUGAGCUACAGAGGAUAACAAAAAUAUCAGAAUCAGGAGGUACAGUGGAGAUUAAUGGCGGGGGGUCAGUGCUGAACUCAAGUGAGAUACAGGAGGAGCAAGAACAAAUCCAUGAGAACUAGAGCAGAGUUUGAUUUGCAUGAUCUAACCGAUCCAAGGUACAGUUUUGUGUUUGAAACAACUGCCUGAGAAUACUUCUGAUCAACAUGGGACAAUCAAUUUGAUUCCACAUGUAAUUAUGUGCCAAACUUUACUCUUUUAGACUGUAUCUGGAGUUCAUUCAUGGGAAUAAAGUUAUGAAUACUGGACAAUGUUUUUGUAUAA